AUGGGCCGCCUUCGCAACCUCUCCGAGAGCCUCAAGGCUGCGGCGUUCAGCAACUCGACCAUCUCCAUUCCUUCCCUCACCAAGUCCUCUCCCACCGGUCAGACCCAAAUCGUCGACAAGGACUUACCGUCACCGGCACGCUACCAGGACUCACCAACGCCCACUGAGACCCCUCGAACCGCCCCUCGGACAGACCGGGUUGCGUCCCGGCCGGCAUCCAUGGUGUACACGCCUCCGUCGAUGGAGUUGGAAAGAGAGAACCACAUCGAGGAGUUGAAACCAGUGUUCAGCUUCCUCUCGAGUCACGGCAACAAGCUAUAUCAAGAAGGCUAUUUUCUCAAAUUGAAUGAUCUUGACACUCAUGGAAGGCCAAACGCGGAUCGCACAUGGACUGAAUGUUUCGCUCAACUCGUGGGCACUGUUCUUUCACUUUGGGACGCAGCUGCGUUGGACGCGGCGGGUCAAGAUGGAGAAGUCGCUCCGACAUUUAUCAACCUGGCAGAUGCCUCCAUUAAGAUGAUCGAGACCCUCCCUACACGAAAUCCCGACAUCCAGCCUCUACAGAAUGUGCUGUCAAUAUCCACGGCGGGCAAAAACCGGUAUCUGCUGCAUUUUAACUCGCUGCAUUCUCUAACACAAUGGACGGCUGGUAUAAGACUCUCAAUGUUUGAACAUGCUUCGCUCCAGGAAUUAUACACGGGCUCUCUCAUUGCCGGCAAAGGAAAGUCCUUGAACAACAUCCGUACGAUCAUGGAACGGACGAAAUUCAAGGUGGAAGACUGGGCCCGUGUUCGAUUUGGCGCCGGCACUCCAUGGAGACGAUGCUGGUGUGUAAUAGAACCACCCGAUGAGAAAGAAUGGCAAAGGACGAACAAGUCUUUGAAGAAAAAAUCAGCAUACGAUCGACCCGCCUUGCCCAAGGGGGUCAUCAAAUUUUAUGAUACGAAGAAGACUAAAAAAGCCCUACCUAUAGCGACCAUUACCGAUGCAUAUUCGGCAUACGCUAUUUAUCCUCAGUCGAAACCGCUGAUCGACCAGUCCACCCUGGUCAAGGUCGAAGGCCGAAUCACGAUACACUCAAAACCCGAAUCGAAAACUGAAGGCUUCGUUUUCGUAAUGCCCGAGGUCCACCCCGCGGUCUCAGGCUUUGAGAUGAUGCUUCGUUGGCUUUUCCCAGUUUACGACAUCUUCCACCUUUAUGGCCGCCCUCAGCGAUUGAUCGCCGACACAUGGGACACCCGAGGCCUCAUGUUCGCGAUGCCACGAGACAGGAGAUACGGCUAUCUGGAUAUCAUUGACGUUGCAGCAUUAAUCCAUUCUCCAGGGAGUGAAAAGUGGAGCGAACGCGAAUGGCGUAGACAGUUGAAAGAGGCAACCGCCAAGCGGAUGUCAAUGACUGCGCAGGGACGGCCGAGCAGCAACUUGGACAACAGGCGAGUGUUUUCGGAAUCGAGGCAAGCUGUGCACUACGACGAUGCCGAGUCGGUCCGUUCGACGCCGCCUUCUCGACACCAGCACAACCAAUCCACCGAUGCAGUGUUCGCCUCCCCCAAGAAAUCCGUCACAGCGCCAGCGAACAUCGCAUAUCUUUCACCGGGCCAGACCCACCAUUCGAGAUCUGUAUCGGAAUCCAUGGCGUACAUGUCACCGACGCAGAAUCGUCGCCAACACGAAAACUACAACUCAUCCAGAUUGUCCGCCGAAUACAGCGACAUGGAGCCUAUCCAGCCUCCUCCAGCUCCUCCCGCUCAUCGAACCCCAUUCAGGAACAACAUGGUACACGGUGAAGCCGAAAUCGUAGACAGCCGGUACAGCUCGGACAGUGACGGUCAAGGACCGCGGACGCAUCCGGAAGAUAUUCAAGAAGAUGUGAGGGAAGCCACACCGCCUGCACCAGUGGUGGCCCCUCCAGAUAUGCAGCAUCAACACAGUGACGUGCCACAGAGGCGACCUGACGCCCGACCGGACUUGAGGCGUGAGAAAAGUCGCAUGUCAAAUGGAACAUUGUCUCAGAUUGUCGAUGUGAAUAAACUCGCGAGCGGUGGGGCGGCGGGGCAUGCAGCGUUGGUGGCGUGGAAUAAUGGCCGACAAGGCGAGAAUCAGGGGCCUCGAGGGGUAAAUGAGACCCCUCGCGACGAAGAAAUAUCUGCUAAUCAACCUGUGUCUCAAGAAGUGGUAGCAGAAGGUGCUUAUAUGCAAAACCCUGCUGAUGUCAGACCAGAACAUCCUCGAAUUCCUAUCGAACAGCCAAUAGCCUCAAAAGCAAUCCACCGAAAGCCAGUUCCGACGACAACCACAACAUUUCUGGCGCCAUCAAACCGUGCUCAAUCGCCCGACAGCAUGUCCAAGUACUCAGCCUCCAGCUAUGACAGGGAGCCGAGCAGUUCACCGGACUAUGACAGCCUUCCCGAGAACGAUGACCGUCCUGUCUUCAACAGAAGGACCAGGACGGGCGUCCUGAAAACCGUCGGCGACCCUCAACUGUCCAGUAAUGUCCAACAAGACUCGACAAAAAUCGAUAUACCUGUCGUGGACUUCGGCAUGACUUUUACACCAAGCUUGACUCCGGGGCAUAGUCGCCCUCCGACCGCGUCUGGAAUCACGGGACGGCAGUCGCCAUUUGACCGGCCCCUGACGGCACCCUCAACCCCUUUGACCAGAUCUCCCCAGGAAGAGCGAGGCUCUCCAGCCCACUUGACUCCUAGCGACGGGCAAAGAUCCCCAUUGGCGGAGAGGAACAGCCCCAGAGGUACUCACUCCCGGUCCUCGAGCUAUGCUUGGCACCCAGGAACGACCUUGGCAAGGCACAAUUCUAUGGGAGGCUUGACGGCUGAAGAGUUCGUCCAACAACGUGCUGUCGCCGCAAGGGUUCCACAUGGUUAUGUUCCCCAUCGCAGCGUUUCCUACAGUAAGGUUGAGCAGUCCCCGAACAAACUGCAGAAAAAAAGAGAUUCAAUGCCCCGAUCCAGCUCAAGGCAUUCAUUGUUGGUCGAUCCAGCAUCGCACUUAUCGGCCAGGGAGCAGGAACAUGUUGCAAAGAUGACAGGUGGUCCGCUGAUUCAGGUGAUUGACCGAAGCAAGACGCCAGACCCAUCAGUCGGGCUGAUCGGAGCGAUUGAAGCACGGGAGCAGGAAAGAAGAAACAUUAAGGAGGGGGUCGCUGGUCAUAUGGUCCGAGAGGCCAUUGCGCAGAGGCAGGCGGCGGAACGCACCUACGGGAUGCAGCAAUACCCCGCUUACAACUCGCCCGUUGACGGUCGACCAAGUGGGCAAUGGAUGAACGCCCAAGCACCUGCGAACUGGGGCGGCGGCGUGCCGCAACAGCCGCAGCAAGCCUGGUCGAAUCAGCCGAGCUGGCAGUAUCAACAGCAAGCUCAAGCCCAGGCACAGCAACUGCAACAGAUGCAGCAUCAGCAGUCGAAUCAGACGUACAAUGCGAGAUUCAGCGGGUAUUAUGGGCCCGCCAGUAGCCAUGAGUAUCGCUAG